AUGGCCGCCGAAAACGCUGAGUUUAACUGGGAUGGCAAAGAGGUCAAAAAACGCUGGGAUGCGUUUACCAAAUUUGGUUCAGCAACAGCGACUGAAAUGACUGGGAAAAACUUCGACAAAUGGCUAAAGGAUGCAGGAGUAAUCGAUCCAAAAGGCGUCACAACCACGAUGACGGGAAUUGCUUUCAGUAAAAUUACCGGUCCUAAGAAGAAGGCAACCUUCGAUGAGACGAAAAAAAUUAUCAAGACUGUAGCAGAAGAUAGAGCCCGCCAAUCGAAGAAGUCUGUUCAGGAUGAACUGGACUUCAUAACGAACAAGCUUGCUAAUUUGGAAGCGCCCACUGUUAAUAGUGCCGCCAAGUCUGAUGCAAACGGAGUGUACAGCAGACUGACCGACCAUACCAAAUAUACAGGAGCUCACAAAGAAAGAUUCGAUGCAGAAGGAAAAGGAAAAGGCAAGGCUGGACGUGAAGACACGGUGAAGCACACUGGAUAUGUCGCGUCUUACAAGAACAAGGAUACCUACGACAAAGCACAUGGAAAACAGUGA